CGAACUGGAGCACGCGAAGUAUGAUAAACACCUGACCAAGUCGGAUCUGGGAAGUUUGGUUUGUAGAUCAUGUUGCUCAGCUGCCGGUGUAUGCAUGCAAAGCUUUGCCCAUGCCACACGCCCAAUUUGAGUGCUAGCAAAAGGUGGGAAAAGGUAAAAGGAAAAAGGACAUACUUGAAGCUAAGAAGCAGAUUGUUUGUCUGGCUCUAGAGAGAAUCUGCAAAGCUCUGUCAAGCUGGUAGGGCCACCACUUUGACCACUGUUAACCACCAUUUAACCAAUGGGGUGACCAUCAAUCCAAACACCAAGUCAGCUUGCUUAUCCAGUGGCUGAGCACCACCAAGCCAAGAGAGAAGCAGUUAAAAUGAAGGCGCUCUGCUUCUCAUGCUCCGGCUGCCGCCGGCAUUCCUACGAUUACAAGUCUCAUGAGAAGACCGAGCGCUGUGUGUUUCUCACAUGCCUCAUAAACCGCUUGGAGCUCAUCCAGAGUCACAUGAGCUGCGACGACUGGCAGUCUUUCUCCGGCGAGCUGCACGACCGCAUUCUGCCCACCGCGGAUCGGAGCUCAAAAUUACGUAAAGCUGAUCUAGAACACAUCGCCGACGGAGUCAUAGAGCAGUUUCGGAAGUGCGCGGAAAACGACAAGGAGCUGGAGGGGGCAGUAAAGGAAGACUCGGUGACGACAGCGCUGCCAAAGCAGUGGCGAGAGGAACAGGAGCUGCGCAACCAGUUUCACCGCCUGUUUCGGAAGCUGGGGGACGAGGAGGCUGCGAGAGCGCUUGAGCUUGACGGUGGGACUGGGUACGUAAAGGUCCCCCUCUUCUUCUGCACCGACCGGCAGCGGUCCGACACGCGGACGCCGGCCGACCUCUUCAGCACAAACCGCGCGCGCGCAAUGUCAACCGGGAUCGUCAAAGUCUCCCUUCCCGACUACCACCACAUUGCGUCGCAGGGCGCGCAAUUGCCGUACCUAUGGUCCCAUAGCCCGCGUCGCGCGACGGGAAAGUCAAGCAACAGCCCCGAGAUGACGGCAUGUGUCGUCAUGGAUUACGAGCAUCACGUGCGGCCAGCGCUCGGGUUCGGGGGCGGUCCCCGGGAGGCGGCCGUCUUCGUACACGGAUUCGACACGGACAUGUCGUGGUCGGCAAAGCACAUGGGGGUGUAUGCGUACAAGAUGCGGGGACGCAUGCCGUUCUUUCUCUACGAGUGGCCGUCGUUCCAGUCGCUCCAAGAGUACGGCGGCGAUGAGGCGAACGCGAUGUGGACCGUGCCGCACUUCGUGACGUUCCUGAAGCGCCUGAUGACUUCAUACGGCCUGGAGAAGGUGCAUGUCAUCUCGCACAGCCUGGGCACCAAAGUGGCGCUCUACGCGCUCGUGCGGCUGGCCGCGUGGCGACCUCCGAGGGGCGCCGCCAGGCUGGGGCAGCUGCUGCUGGUCGCCCCGGACUUUGACACCGGGGAGUUUUACGAAAUGCAACCAGACGUCAGCAAACAGGUCGAGCGCGUAUCGAUUUACUGCUCCAAGAACGACCGGCCGCUCAACUUGUCGCGCAAGUUGCACGGGGGCCACCACCGGCUGGGCCACUUCAACCUCGAGGUCCACGUGGCCGAGGGCCGCCACGUGGCGCUCGCCGAGAACGUCCACGUCAUCGACGCGACCGGCCUGGAUAAGAGCAUGGCGGGGCAUACGUAUGCGUUCACGCACCCGGGGGUAAUGGAAGACGUGUGCGAAGUGCUGAGGGGGCGGACGGAACGGCCGGAGCUCCGGCCGGAAAAGGUGGACGGAUUCCGGUACUUCCGCUACGUGGGGUCCGACCGGAAAGCGUCGCAGACGGAAGACGACGUCGCUGGGAAAGCGCUUGAUACGUCUGAGAGCUGAGGUUCAAGCGCCCACUCCAAAGCGGGUCCCAAAGACUGCAGGCUACGCACUCUUUUUGCUGCGUUUGUAAAGGGAGGCUUCCUUCAACGCGACCAUGGAGGCACUGAGGUUGUAAAGGCGGGAUGGGAAGAACAUUCCAGUUCUUUUUUGAGGGCUUCUUUUGCGGGACCUCUAUGAUAGACAGUCAGUUCACAAUUCAUAUAGAUGUAGAAUAUGUACGUCGCAGCAUACGGGUGACGCAGCUCGCGUCGCCCAACUGUCAAACAAAGCUCGACGGAUCGAAUUGCAAGCUAAUCUUUGGAUUCGUCGGAUGGUUCGAUGAACACUUUUUUGCCGC